CCGCGGACACCUCAGCGCGCAGUCGCAGGACCCCAGCCAUCAUGGCGGCGCCCGACUUCUCGGCCGGGGAGUUUGAAAAGUGGCUGAAUGAGCUGCUGGACGGCUUCGGGGCGGACCGGGAGGUUUACGGAGUUUACAUCCUCGGUGUGCUGCAGGAGGAGGAGACCGACGAGGAGAAAAGCGACGCUCUGAACGGCAUCCUGUCCGCCUUUGUGGACGAAGACACGCUUGAGGAGGUUUGUCAACAGAUCCUGAAACAGUGGACCGACUGCUGCUCUCGAACCGCAGCCGCCAGCAAUCAGCCGGAGGAUGAGGUUCAGGCCAUCGCCAGUCUGAUUGAGAAGCAGGCUCAGAUCGUGGUCAGGCAGAAGGCAGUGUCCGAGGAGGCCAAGCAGAGGAAAGAGGCGCUGCUCGCGCAGUACGCGAACGUCACGGACGACGAAGAUGAAGGGGAGGACGAAGAAGAUGUGGCAGGAGCUCUGGGAAUCCCCAGCGACAAGUCCCUGUUUAAGAACACCAACGUGGAGGAGGUGAUGAGCAGGCGCCGGCAGCAGCGUGAGCAGGCCAAGGAGGACGCGCAGAAGAAGAAGGAGCAGGACAAGAUGCAGCGCGAGAAGGACAAGCUCACCAAGCAGGAGCGCAAAGACCGGGAGAAGAAGCGCACACAGAAGGGUGAGCGCAAGAGAUAGAUGAGGAACGUGAUCACGGACUAAAAUUCUGAAGACGAGAGACGCCUCUACGGACUCUGUUCUGGUGGAACUUUGGGGGGUUUUGUUUUGGUUGUGUGUUUUUUUUUUUUUUUGUUGUUGUGUGUAUUUUUUUUUUUUUUUUUUUUUUUUUUUUUUUUUUUUUUAAUAAACAGGGUUUCAGAUCUUCCCAGCACCACUCAUUAAGCCCGUGCACUGUACAAGAACAUUUUGGCAUCUAUCAGAAAUUGUAUUAACGUUGUACAGGUGUGUUUGGGGAGAAACUUUUAAACACUGCUGCUCUGCUCAGACCAUCUCCUAUUGGUUAACACACAAUUACGGCAGAAUACUUGUUCUGUUAAACGUUUCAAACAGAUUUGGCGGGGUUUUUUUUUUUUGGGGGGGGGGGGGGUGGAUGCCAAAAUGUCCUUCUGAACGUAGAGAAGCUUGAGAACCGCUGCUCUACCACAGCGUUUAAUUAUUAAUCCUCCUGAUUUCUCAUGAAUCUGCUGCAUCUGUCAUGUACGGAUGAUGAUGCCGAUGAUAAUCUGGGAUGAAACAACUGUUUAUAAAAAAAAAAAAGUUUGAUCUCUAAAGAGACGUAGCUCUUAGUUAUAAGAGUUUCAAGUUCUCUAAUGGUGACGUUGUCUGUUAGAACCAGACAUGCGCUACAGAUGCAGUAGAUGCUUAGAAUUCCUUUAAGAGACUUUUGAAAUACAUGAAGUGAGCAUAGAGAAUUCGUUGUUUUGGUUUUAUUUACAUAUUGGGUUUGUUUGGCCUUGUGGAAAAACAAUUAGUCUUGUUUUGUUUUUUUUACUCUAUACUUCUUACAUAAUUCUGUCCUAAAGCUCAUACACACGUGAUUAUAUUAAAGCUGCUCGUUGAGGGAAAACUAACGUUAAAAACUAGCACACAGUGGAGGUCUUUGGUUUCAGUUAACAAGCCUUUGUGAAAUCACGCAACAAUUUGCAGGCCUUCUUUUCAUGUAGCAGGACAGAGUUUACCAAAAAAAAAAAAACAUUAUAUAAAAGAAUACAAAGGGACUUGAUGGGGUUUGUUGCUCAUGUGUAUUUUUGUUAUAAUGUGUAAUCUCUGUUGGAUCUGGUAGAGACACACACAAGCAGUGCAUCAAAGAUGUUUUUUCAUUAUUAUUAUUAUUAUUAUUAUUAUUAUUAUUAUUACCACAUGACAGUCCAAACAUUACAGCCUUCUACCGAGAACAGCUUUUAUAUUCAUGACUUAGAUUUCGUUGUAAUUACAGACAAAUAAAGGAAAACUCUAGUGCUCUAAACAUCCUGCUAAUGAAAGCCUAAGGGCAACUGUUGAACUUCAAUAAACGUGAUAUAAUCUGAAUUUUAACAAAA